GCGCGAGCCGCGCGCUCCCGCCGCCCGCGUCGCCAUCUUUUUCCCCCUCCGUCUGUCUGUCUGCUGUUGGCUUUGUCCGUCUGCAGCGCCGCCCCUCGGCUCCCCGCCACCGGCUCGGCCCAGAGCCCCUUCCGCUCGCCGGGGCCCAGUCCCGGAGCGCCCCGGCCCGGCUGGCUUGGGCUGCGGUCCCGCGUCCAUUGUCCGGCGGUCCGUCUGUCCGGAGGCGGGGCCCAGGGACCCAGAGCGCAGCGCAGCGCCGAGGCGCCGGAUACAGAUCAUUUGGAUUCAGUCGAGUUUGCUUUGCUCCGUGGGAACUGCACCAGAGCUGGAGGUCUGAAAAAGAACUGUGUUUGAUAUGCAGAUAUGCUAGAAGACUGCCUGAAAGCUGCUUCCUUUGCCACUUCCUGUGGAGGCCUGUCUUUGCCAUUUGCGGUUUCUUUCUUCUUUUGGUUAGCAUCUUGCAAGGAGGUAGUAACAUAUCCAGUCGUGAAACUGGGAAAGACCAGAGCUCUUGCAUCAGGGAAACAUGUCCCGUCGGAAACAGACAAAUCCAAAUAAAGUUCACUGGGAUCAAGUAUUUGCUGGGCUAGAAGAGCAAGCCCGCCAGGCGAUGAUGAAAACUGAUUUUCCUGGAGACCUUGGCAGUCAGCGACAAGCUAUCCAACAACUAAGAGAUCAGGACUCCAGUAGCAGUGACAGUGAGGGUGAUGAAGAGGAGACCACACAAGAUGAAGUCUCUUCCCACACAUCAGAGGAAGAUGGAGGGGUGGUCAAAGUGGAGAAAGAGUUAGAAAAUACAGAACAGCCUGUUGGUGGGAACGAAGUGGUAGAGCACGAGGUCACAGGGAAUUUGAAUUCUGACCCCUUGCUUGAACUCUGCCAGUGUCCCCUCUGCCAGCUAGACUGCGGGAGCCGGGAGCAGUUGAUCGCUCACGUGUACCAGCACACUGCAGCAGUGGUGAGCGCCAAGAGCUACAUGUGUCCUGUCUGUGGCCGGGCCCUUAGCUCCCCGGGGUCAUUGGGUCGCCACCUCUUAAUCCACUCGGAGGACCAGCGAUCUAACUGUGCUGUGUGUGGAGCCCGGUUCACCAGCCAUGCCACUUUUAACAGUGAGAAACUUCCUGAAGUACUCAAUAUGGAAUCCCUACCCACAGUCCACAAUGAGGGCCCCUCCAGUGCUGAGGGGAAGGACAUUGCCUUUAGUCCUCCAGUGUACCCUGCUGGAAUUCUGCUUGUGUGCAACAACUGUGCUGCCUACCGUAAACUGCUGGAAGCCCAGACUCCCAGUGUACGCAAGUGGGCCCUACGUCGACAGAAUGAGCCUUUGGAAGUACGGCUGCAGCGGCUGGAACGAGAGCGCACGGCCAAGAAGAGCCGGCGGGACAAUGAGACCCCUGAGGAGCGGGAGGUGAGGCGCAUGAGGGAUCGUGAAGCCAAGCGCUUGCAGCGCAUGCAGGAGACAGACGAGCAGCGGGCACGCCGGCUACAGCGGGAUCGGGAGGCCAUGAGGCUGAAGCGGGCCAACGAAACCCCGGAAAAGCGGCAGGCCCGGCUCAUCCGAGAGCGAGAGGCCAAGCGGCUCAAGAGGAGGCUGGAGAAAAUGGACAUGAUGUUGCGAGCUCAGUUUGGCCAGGACCCUUCUGCCAUGGCAGCCUUAGCAGCUGAAAUGAACUUCUUCCAGCUGCCUGUAAGUGGGGUGGAGUUGGACAGUCAGCUUCUGGGCAAGAUGGCCUUUGAAGAGCAGAACAGCGGCUCUCUGCACUGAACCACACCAUCCUGCCUGCCCUCCUCCCCACCUACCUACCCACCUACCCACACCCACAGCCACGAGGACCAGUGCUGCUGCCACCCACGAGGCCGUCCUUGCUGCCAGAGGCAGGCCUGGGUUUGUUGCAGGUGGACCUGAGCAGCCCUUGCAUAUGGGAGCAGGAUGAUGGGGUCAGGAGGGACCUGGCUCAAGGCAGCUCUGGACAAGGGAGCAGGCAGUCCAGAGAACUGGCCUCCCCAGCCCACUGCCACAGGCCGUGCUUCUAGGACUGUGGGGCCCCUGUGUGGCCCAUGAAGUUGUGAGGUCAAAUAAAUUAAUUUUAUCUUUA